UCUCAGUUGUGUGGUGGCUGUCGUGCGCGCGCGUGCUCUGUCGACAUGGCGCCAAAUGGAAAACUUAACCUCAACGAUGAUCAGCUGUUUGCUCUUAUGAAGCUGCGUCGUAACGUUGCAGACGUUUGCACGCAGUCUUACCAUGACGACCAGUUUCUUCUGCGAUGGCUUAGAGCAAGAAAUUUCGAUCCGGCUGCAGCGGAAAAAAUGUUGCGAGAUUCAUUCAAGUGGAGGGAGGAGUGGGGGGUGGAUGCUCUGGAGGAGUGGCAGGCUCCAGCAGUGUUUGACCGCUACUUCCCCAGCGGCCUCAGCGGGUAUGACAAGGAGGGCUCUCCUGUCGUGGUCCUCCCCUUUGCAGGUAUGGAUAUCUGGGGUAUGCUGCACACUGUCACUAAGACAGACAUAAUCAAGGCCACAGCCAGACAGUUGGAGAGAUUCCUGGCUGAGGGACGUAAGCAAGCCAAGAUCCACGGACCUCAGGCGGCUCAGCUGGUGGGGGUCAUAGACAUGACAGACUUCAACCUGAGGCAGUAUGCUUGGCGACCAGCUGGAGAGCUAGUAGUCAGCAUGCUCCAAAUGUAUGAAGCCAACUACCCUGAAAUCCUCAAGGCCUGUUUCAUUGUCAAUGUCCCAAAGGUGUUUGCAUUGGCAUUCUCAAUUGUCAAGAACUUCCUCAACGACAUCACUCUCAGCAAAAUCCAGAUUUACAAGACAGACCCCAACAAGUGGAAGCCUGUAUUGCUCAAUCAGAUCCCUGCUGAACACUUGCCUCGUCACUUUGGUGGUGAUCUAGUGGACCCAGACGGUGACCCCAAGUGUCCUUCUAAGAUCAACCAGGGAGGAAAGAUACCCAAGUCUAUGUAUGUACGCAAGAGUGAUCGUCUAGCUUCAGAAGGUAAAGAGAGUUACUGCAUCGUCACUGUCAAGAAAGGCGAGAAGCUGCGACUCAACUAUCUAGCGGCAGAAGAGGGUUCUCAACUCAAAUGGGGUUUCUACAGCGACGGCCAUGACAUAAAGUUUGGAGUGUCCAGCAGAGAUGAGGAAGGUAAAGAGACGAUGCUGGUUCCAAUACAUCGCGUGGCAUGCCAUCAGACUGAGGAGACUGGCACUCUGACCUGUCCGGCACCUGCCACCUUGUACACAGUCAUCUUUGACAACUCGUACAGUUACCUCCGCAACAAGAAAGUCCAUUACUCUAUUUCUGUGAUACCUCCGGGGGAUCCAGAAGAUGAUACGGCAGAAGAAUAGCAUUUACCUACAGUUAGAUUCUACGUUUUCACCCAUUCCUCAUCGUACAACAGCACAAAUCCGUCUGUGUCUUCUUACCACCAGCAUUUAGAGGCAGUCUUAGAAUUGUGGUGAAGCCUAUAAGAGGUUCAUACACUCAAGUGUCCAUUUUUUUCCAAAAAAAGACUACAAUAUUAUGACCUAUUUGCCAAGGCAGAAUUAAAUGUGUUACCCCUUAUUUUAGCAACCCAUUGCUAUAAUUACAUUUCAAUUUAAAAAGCAAUUAUUUAUUUUAAAUGUGUUUUCCUCAAAAUUGUGUAGGCUGUCCUAUUUGAAACAAGUCUGAAAUACUUAUAAAAUCAAAUAGUGUGUGUUUUUUAUAAUGCAACCCAAAUUACGAGUACUGUGAGAUACUAUUUAACGACAAAACCAGCUCAUAUAUUGGUAUCCUUGUCUCCUUUACUUCAUUUCUAAUCAAAUAAUGUGCAUUUCAUACUUAUUUAUACAUUUUGUAAAUAAGUAUACUUCAUUCACAAUAUUUAGGCGGUUUAAGGGGAAGAAAUCUAUUCCCUCCACUUGACCCUUACCUUCAAAAUAAUAGCUCAACAUACAUUGAAUACAAAACACCUCCGCCGCAGCAAACUUGCUGACUAAGCGAAUUUCCAUUUGUCUGAAUUGAUUUUCAAUUAAAUUUAUUUAAAUUACAUUAGGUUUAACGAGUACCUAGGAUUGCUGCAUACAUGUUUAUCCGCCUUACACCUUUAAACCAAAUUUCAUCAAAAUCGGACAAAAAUUACUCAAGUUUAUCACGUUCAAGGAAACAUAUACAUAUAAAUUUGAACGAAUGGUGUUUUUGGCCUCUGGGGACAUCAAAACUAUAAAGUAAAUCAGUCCCGGGCCUAGGUCUUACCGUGCCACCUACGGUAAUAGCUACUUCCCUAUAGGGAAAUUCGCUAAAAAGGUGGUGGAGGAACUUCCUCUCAAACCGCCUAAAUAUUGUGAAGGGAGUGUAAGAGGGAAGGAGUAUAAGAAAGGAGGUUUAGUGUUAUUGUAAGUAAGACAAAACUUUGUGUUUUCUCAAGCUCAAAUAAAAUAUGUGUUGUAGGUAAUUUUUUUGUUUUUUCCUACCGAUCCGGUUUCCUUAUAUGUUUGACAAGUCUAUUAACAGUUUAUUUAUAUAGUACUAAAAUUACACCUGGAUACUUUCAACCAAUUUCAAACCUUUCUUGGGAAAAAACCAAUGAUUUACUUUUAACCUAAUCUUCUACAACACAUAACUCAUUUACAAUAAAUUCGUAAUACAGUUAAGUCUUGAUUAUCCGACCUAAACCGGCCGUGGCAAGGUCGGAUAAGCAAAAAUGUCGGAAAACACGAACAUUUAUAAAAAUGACGAUUACACUAACGUUGUGACUGCGGAAAGACUUGACAUGGUGAUGAUCCCAAAGAUCGCAGAUGUUGAAAAUUGUGUUGUGAUCGCAGGAGAUGUUGAAGAUGGCGCCGUGAGUACAAGGAGUGUUGAAGAUAGUGCGUAAAUGGGAAAUAUGUUGACGAUCACACCCCGAGUGUGGAAUAUGAUGACAAUAGUGCCAUGAUCGGGGGAUUCAUUCAAGAUGGCACCGUGACUGCGAAACAUGUUGACGAUGGUGUCACGACAAUGAGACAUGAUGACUAUGGCGCCGCGAUCAUGGGAGAUCUUCACGCUGGCGUUGUAACCGCGAGAUGUGUUGACGAUCGCGCCACGGAGGAAGGUCGAAUAACCGAAACUCUACAGUAACACUAAACCUCAUAUAACUAAACAACAAUGCAAAUCAGCUGGAGCUUAUUGGCAAUGAAGUAAAGAAAACAGAUACCAAUAUAUGAGCUUGUUUUGUUGACAGUACUUGUAAUUUUGGUUGCGUUAAAAAAAACCCUAUAUUUUAUAAUAAAAUGAAUUAACUAGGUAUUCAAAUGUAGGUAUGUUGGGUAUGUCACAAUAGAUAUGUUACAAAAUGACAAUUUUAUCUAAAAAAAAGUCGCUAAAUUUGUCAUACAAAAAAUUUAUUAAGUACCUGUAAUCAUUGACUAUUGGAAUAGUCAAAGCUAUAAUUAAAUGGUCUCAGUUAAUAAUAGGAAAUUUAUAAAAGGCAGCCAAGAUAAUGAAAUCUGAGAUAGUAAAUUAUCACUGUAAUGCUGCCUCCUAACCAUCCACACUUUUUAACAGAUUUCUCUUGUAAAUUUAAUUCAAGGACUAAAGUUGUUUGUUUUCUACAAAACGUUAAAGUUUUACGAUGAUACAUACCAUCAACUUUGGACAGUAAAAUUUCAAUCAUUUGGCUGGGCCAAAUUUAAUACACAGAAACAUCUUAAGCUGGGUUUUCCUAGGCGCGGAAGUGGAGAGCGGAGAGAGGAACGCGGAGAGCGGACUCCACUUGUCUUAGGUAAUUUAAUGUUACCGUUUUCCUAGAAGCGGAGCGGAACACCAAAUUAAUCUCUUUUCCGCUCUCUGCGUUCCUCUCUCCGCGCCUAGGAAAACCCAGCUUAAGAUAUAAUAUGACAAGAUUCUAAGAGGCAAUAAAUAAUCAAUAAACCAUAGGCAUAGGCUGAUUUUCAUCAAUAUAAUGCCUACAUUAGAUUUAGCUCUCGAAAUACCUCAUAACCAUGCUUAAUGAUACAAUAAAAAAACAAUCACAUGAAAUUGAAAACAUUCUCUAUAGAAAUACAAAAGUAGAAUAUUUUGCAAAUAAAUGUUAUACUGUAUUAUGUAAGGUUUCCGUUGUGCUCAAGUAGAGUAGUUAUAAAGUAAGAACAUAGCACCAAAUAUAUUAAUUAUUUAAUUAUGUAUAAUAUAUAUUAAGUUUAACAUGUACUGUACAGUUAUUACAAAGAAAUACACAAU